AAGGGACAGGAAUAGACGGGGGGGGGGGGCGGGAGAGAGGCCUGGGCGCCGUGGGGUGAGCUGUCUCGCGGAACUCCCCGCCUCAGGAUUUCGGCCUGGUUCGGAGGGUGGGGAUAGCCAGUGAUCGCACCGGGGGCAAGAAGUACAUCAGCAAGCAGUACAUCUGCUAGGUAAGCGGGAAGCUAGACUCCCUCGGGAGGUUUCAAAACAGAGAUUGCGUGACCCUUUGCUGCGAUUCCUGCAUCGCAGGCGGUUGGGCUAGAUCAGGGGCGUAGCAAUGGGGGUGCGGACCGCAGCAGGUGCCAGGCUGAAGGGGGGGGUACCAUUUGGCGCGGCCCCCCCCACCGCCCGCGACUCCCCCAAACCCAGAGAGUGGCAAAGCGGCUGCUGCCGCUCUCCCCCUUCCCUCGGCUCGCUGUAGGCUUGGGAGUGGGGGGGGCCGAAUGUCACUCUCCUUCAGCCUGAAAAGGGGGGGGGUCCACAUUCGGCCCAUAGCUGUCAACUUUCCGCUUUUUUUGCGAUGAAUCCUAUUCGGAAAAAGGGAAUUUCCCUUUAAAAAAGGGAAAGCUUGACAGCUAUGAUUCGGUCCCCCCUCCCGCCCGCGACUCCCCAUGGGGCAAGUGAGGUGGUCUUGCCCAGUCACAGGAUCUGCUGGGAGAGGAGUGUACCAACGUCCGGAAAUGGGUAGGGAGGCCGAAGCCAAAACGAGGAACUGAAGCAAAUUCUGGUCAGUGUUACCACAGCUUUAAAGCAGAAAGUUUCCAGGGACGAAUAAGCUCAAUAGCGGCUGGGGAAAGAGCGGGCACUCCCCGCACCUAGAUCUGCUAAUGGUACGGUCUGAAGAGACUGAGUCCCGCGCAUGCGGGAGAGCAGAAACACGGAAAUAGGAGAAGUAAAGAGUCAACCCUAGGAGCUUCACUUCCCUUGCGCUGUGUUCGCGGCUGCUCUUUCCUCUCCUCAGCCUUCGCACUAGAGGAGAGGGUUGGAGGAGCCAGGCUGCAAGCUUAUGCACACUUCCCCGCGAGUAAACCCGGUCGAAGUUUGUUGGAUUUACUUGCUGAGUAAACAUUGCUUGGGGCUGCGCUGAUAAUAGUCCCCAAUUUAAAAGGAAGAGCCAGGAUAGAUAGCUUUCUCCUCUUUUCCUUAAAGAUAACUUCAUGCACCUUUACCAAGUGCAUAAUGACAACAACCACACAAAAAAAACACCAGGUGGAGGCGGAGGUUCCCAAGCCUGUACGUGCUUCACCUAAAUUUCGUAUUGUGCUGCUGCUGUCAAAAGUACAAGCGCCCAUCCCUUUAGUAAACUUGCUUUUGGCUAGUGCCUUGUGAUGGCUUUGUGGUACCAGAUCUUAUAACAUUUAUUUUAAAAAAGAGAAACAGCACCCCAGUGUCCCCCUUCAACCAACCAACCAAAAGUAAAUAUUCCUGCAGAAAAAUACAUAAAAAGCAAACCGUAGCUGCGUCUAUAGGAAGAAUAUUCCAAGCUCCACAGUUGGGUAAUAACCUUUAUUAGGGUCAACUUCAGAAGCCACAAAAAAGGGGGCAAGCUUUAGAAUUUCCCAGAUAGUUUAUGGAGGACUUGAAAGCACAGCCCGUUUCUGUGACACUCCCCCCCCCCUUAUUUUAUUUUUUAAAACGGACUUUAAAUGGCUUGCAACUUACUAGCUGAAACAGGGUUUCAGGUCUGACGGGAGCUGAGCUUGGGAGGGGGCAAAAGGAAAGGUUUUGUGGAAGCUCCUGAAACAGCGAUCGAGGAGUUGAUGCACGUGCAGAGGAGGAAAAACACAGGGAGAAAGAAAUGGCAGGGCAGAGAAAGCUGAAAACAAAGAAAAAAAUUGCAUAUGGAAAGCAGUGAGGAGUCAUGGCCAGGGAGGAAGUGACAGCAGAUCAUGAGCUUAAAAUACUUUUAUUUAAUAAAAAGGAGUGUUCAGGAUGCUACUGGUGUUCUCUGGACAGCUAUUUUGGGGUGGAGGACAAAGUCCAGAGGGGGCACCUGCUUCCUCCUCCCCUCCACCAAUGCUCUGCUUGUGGGCUCCCCAGAGGUGAGAAAACAGGAUGCUGGCCUCUUGCUGGGACUCCUCAGAGGAGAGAGGGAAGGGGAAGAGGAAUUAGAAGUCAGGCUAGGACCUGGGAGAACCAGGGUUCGAAUCCCCACUCAGCCAUCAAGCUGCCUGGAUGACCUUGGAGCAGUCUCUCAGUGAACCUUGCAAGGUUGUUGUUGUGAGUGGGUUGGGAGAACCAUACAGGCCACUGUGACCUUGCAGGAGGUGGCGUAUAAAUGUAAAAAGUAAAAAAAUAAAAUAAAGGGCCGUCCCUCUUUGCGUGAUUUCCCUCUCCCUCUGCCCAACUUCAUCUCGGACUCAUGAAAAUAUUGCAAGCAAGAGUGCUCCUGAGCACAUGCAGACAGCACUUUUUCUUCAGUAACUACAGCCAGUCCUGGCACAUCAAGAUUCAGGGAGGAGGGCUAACCCCUAGGUGAGGAGGCUAGGCAAAUUGGAAGUCGAUUGAAGGCACCCACAAUACGUUUCUUUCGGAAACUCGAGCACCAAGUUUACCCCGUCUCCAUUUCUAUUAUUAUUAUUAUUAUUAUUAUUUUAAUUUGUUAACUACCCUUCGCUCUAAGGCCCUGGGUUGGGUUGCAGCCAUUUAAAAUACAGCGUUAAAAGCAGUUUUAAAAUUACAAUCACUAAAAAUAAAAAGAAACAGCAGCAUCUUAUAAAAAAUACCAUUGCUGGGCUUUAUAGGAAAAGGUUCUGUUUCGCAGGCGUUAAAAUAGUUAGGUGUAGAAUGUGAUUCUAUGUGUGAUUAUUCAGAAGCAAGACCCCGUAUUAGUACUAAUGUCUUAUUAAAACAUCUGAAGCUGCUAAAAGAAUGAAGAAACCAGGACUACUUUAACAAAUUUAUUUAGGGCUCCACAUGUCACCAUCAUAAACGCUAAGCCCUCUUUCUGACGCUAAACUAAAACUUGAUGGAUUAUGAUUAGCUUGAUAAUGGCCUAUUUGAUGAAAUAUUCUGCAGGGAGGGGUUCAGCUGGGUCUGUUUAUGGAUUAUUGAAAUGGUGUUACUGAAAUGUAUUGUUACGGUUUUGUGCUACACAUUUGUGCCUUAACUUUUUUAUAAGUUGUUUAGAGAUUUCUUGUAGUAAGUGACUAAUAAGUCAUAUAGGUAGCAAUACUAAUAUUCAAAAUGUUUUAAACAUUGGAGUAAAAUGACUAUGGGAUGUAUAAAAUAUAGGCUGAGAUUAUUAUUCAUUUAUUCAACAGAAUUUGCAUGCCAAUUAAUUGUAAAGAAAAUCUCUUAAGUGGUUGAGUUUAAAGUAUGGAACAAAAACACAGUGAUCAUUCACAAAAAAAGUAAUUAGUGAUAACAAAAUCAGCCUUAAUUUGCUAUGUUAAUUAAUAUAUGUAGUUAGAUAGAAAACCACUACGUUUAUAGCUAUAGCUAUAGGCGUGAUCUUCUUUUUUAACAAUAUUUUUAUUCAUUUUCAAGUUGCACAUCACACAUAAAACAUAACAAACAACACAUUAACUACAUUGCUUAAAAUAUCAAAUCAGAUUCUUACAGUUCACGCCAAAAAACUUCCCACGUAUUACCAUGAGAUAUCUGGGGGUUAAACACAUAGUCUUCUCAGUUAAGGUUGGGGGGGCUGUUGCCAUUGGACAACAGCCCCCCACCCUUGCCCCUGUGGCUUUUUGGAAAUCAGGGACCUCUAGCAGCCUAGGCGCUACGUAGGGAGCACGCCUUCCCCUCUGGAACCAGCCCAGACAAGCGGGGAAAGCGCUGGAUGCGCCCAGACAUUGCUGGCAAGGCGCAAAGGUGCCUUUGGAGACUGGGCCAGCUCCACUGGGUGGGGGUGACAAAAAAAAUUAUUCAUUGGGUACCACCUGACCUUGCUACACGUACUCUGGGCUAGAUGACCCGUCAGGACCCCUUUCAACUCCGUGAUUCCAUAAUUCAUUAACUGCUUCCUGCACUGCAGGGGGUUGUGGUAGAUGACCCUUGGGAACCGCACUCCCACCCUUCCCUCUACAGCGACUCCCUCCCUCCCAGCCCUGCGCAUGGCUGCAAGGAAAAGCCAUGGGUUAGCCAGGUGAGGUUUAGUCUCUUUCUGUAACUGGCAACUCACACUGGUGUUAAAAGGUGGUGGAGGUGUGGAGGGUAGUGAAGACAAGUGCAGCAUGGGCUUAGGAGGAGACUUCCCUCAGAGAGAGAAAAAGGAAAGAUCCUGCUGCAUGCCACGGGAACUGCUCCCUAGGAAGCAUCCUCUCUUAAACCUCCUCCUUGUGGGGAUUAGUUUUAGUUCCCAAAUUUCAUAGUAGUAGCCCUGGGCUGCUUGGCCCUUUGAUUAGUUCUGUUUUUCCUCCUGUAGAAACUACGCAAGACCCUCUCCUUUAAAAGUUUACAUCAACUUCCCAAGUGUCAAAAAAAGGUUAUUUAUGUAUGCCAUUACUGCACCCUGUGUUUUGUUAGCCCCAAAAUGGAAAACGAGCGAGGUCCCAACUAAAGGAAGAGUGGCAUCUUAAGUUGAUGGAAUAUGCACAACUCACAGAUUUAACAUAUAGAAUAAGAGAACAAGAAGAACAUACGUUUAGAGAAGAUUGGAAAACGUUUAUUGAAUAUAUGGGGGGGAAUUGUGUACACUUGAAAACGUUAGCAGCAUUAAGAUAAAUUCAGCGGUGUAAAUAAGUUUUGAAUACUGAAUUGUUUAGUUUUUGUAAAAAUAAAAAAGCAGGGAUUUAUGAUAUGUAAAAUGAACCAUGGAAAGAGAAGAAGGGAAGGUAUUUUAAGGAUGUUUAAAGCAGUAUUCUAAAUUGUAAAAGAAGAAAAGUUAUACACCCACCCACACACACAAAUAAAGUUUAAAACAACACCUGACUUUUACUUAGCGUACUUGCAGCUGCAGAUUAAAUAGGUGAUACAUACGGUGGAUGUUUCUUGAAUUGCUAACACGGUCUUUCCAUAGCUGUCAGCCUUCCCUUUUUUUGCGGGAAAUUCCCUUAUUCCAGCGCUGCUUCCCGCUGCUGUCCCCAGGACAGGUGAGGCUUCUGAUCCCUCAUUUUCAAAUCUGAAAGUUGACAGCUAUGUCUUUCGUAGAUUAAAGUGUCACAGACUAACCGACUCUGAGGUGGCACAACAGAACAUAACCUGCUGCUCUAACUGCUAAGAUGUAACUGCCAUAACGGUUCCAACUGCUGCAGGGUGCAUGACAUCAAAGGGUUCUGCAGCUCUCGCGAUUAAACCUUUACGCAUGCAUUUUGGACACCAGCCUCCUGCCCCCCGCACUUCUGUGCACAUGGGACUAAAAUGGUCAGCAAAGGGUCUGCUUCGCGAGCCAAGGUGGGCUGGAAUGACAGCUAUUUGAAAUACUGUGCUGUGUAAAAUAAAAAGGAGAUUCAUGUGGUAGUUGAGGAUCUCUAUGGCAUCGCUUAGGGCACACCAUUUUAGCAGGCGAGACAUAGCUUUAGCAAAUGUCCUCAGUGAGAAGAGGUCUUGAAAACAUGUUUUUGGGAGUGAGAAGUCCAAAUGCGCUGCUAUUUACGUGAUUUAGACAGCAUUUCACUUGGUAAACCUACAAUGGAGGAAGAAGCCCAUAAACUGCUUUCAGAAACCGAAUAAUUUCAAUUUCACCUUCUGAAAAGUCAGGUAGUGCUUAAUAAUAAUUAUAUUACUACAUAAUAUAACUGCAACUAUUUCGCAAUCAUUUUUAAUGUUUUCUAAACAAUUUUACACACAUUUUACUUACAAAACUAAAUUACAUUAAUUCAACUGAAAUAUCUUUUGAAUUCCCAAGUCAUGUUGCAGCUUUUAAGCACCCCUCAUUUUUUUAAUUUGGCAGGCAGAUUCAUGCAAUCGCUGAACACUUGCCAAGAGAGAAUAUGUGUUCCUCAUUCUGGUUUUAAAUUGUUUGUUUGGAAAUAAAGGUGAUGCAAGAAAGGACUAAAGAAGUAAAGAAGAAUGAAGUUUCCCUGCCUUUCCUUCCGGCAACCUUAUGCUGGGUUGGUUUUAAACGAAGUAAAAACAAUAGAGACCCGUUGGCGACCAUUGCUGGCCCAGUACGAGUCCUGUACCAUUGCUGUCCACAUUGCUUUUAAAGACUGGGACGACAAAGCCUGGAAAGACAUUCUCACAAACAGGCUUGGGAUGACAGUGACUCAAAUUGAAGAGCUAUUGGAUGCAGGUGAAAGGUUUGGAAGAGGUGUUGUGGCAGGUAAGUGACAGUGGCUCAACUUUUAAACUUCCAGUAGACAUGAAAUGCUGACUUUGUAGAGUACAGUCAUACCUCGGGUUGAAUACGCUUCGAGUUGAGUGCAUUCGAGUUGCACUCCGCGGCAACCCGGAAGUAACGGAGCGCGUUACUUCCGGGUUUCGCCGCUUGCGCAUGCGCAGACACUCAAAAUGACGUCACGCGCAGAAGCGGCGAGAAGCGGCGCGCGCAGACGUGCUGUCACUAGUUGCAUUUGUUUCUAGAUGCAAAAGGGGCUCUGGAACGGAUCCUGUUUGUAUCUAGAGGUACUACUGUAUUAUUAUUAUUAUUAUUAUUAUUAUUAUUAUUAUUAUCAUUUUACUUCUGCCCACCCCAGUCUAAAGAAUCUGCUCAUAUUCUAUCAUGAGGAUGGUGAAAGUACAUUUGGGAAAGUAUAUCCUGCACAGAACAAGGGGAAGGGCAGAGAAACUGAAAGAAGGUUCAUCAAAUGGUGGGUUGUUACUGCAGGACCUUUCAAGGCUAUGACCAUAAAGUAGGAAGCAAAUGAGCUAAGACAGCCUAGUCCCCUAGUAAAUAUUCAGGUUACCUCCCUGAAUAAUAAAAAAGAAAAGUUAACUUUUAAGCCCUUUUACUGAUGAAGGUUCAAGGAAAAGCAUGCAAUCUCUAUUUUAGCCAGUUGCACACUGUGAAUUUAAAGUAAUACACUUAACUUCUGUAUUUUAUAAGAAACUUAAAGAAGGCCUUUUGUCUUACCUAGCAAGGCUCAUUUACCCUGCUGCCUCAGUGGCUAACCAGACUGAGAAUCCACACAAGUGCAAUAACACUCCCCUGUUUGUGAUCUUUCUAAUCCUCUCUUGAAGUUUCCCAAGCUGGCAACUAGUGCUACAUCUUGCGGUAGCAAAUUUCAUCGUUUAAGCUUGUGCUGCAUGAAGAUGCACUUCCUUUUUGCCUGUCCCCAAAUUUAGCUUUAUUGGUGUCAUUAGGAAACUUUGCCAUUCUGUUGCUUACACCUAACUCCUGAUCAUUUAUGAACAAGUUUAAAAAGGCACUGGUCCCAUAGCACACUGCCUCCCUCUAUUGUGAGAACUACCUAUUUAAUCCUACUACUCUGUGCUUCCUGUUCUUUAACUACCGGUAGUUACUGAUCCACUAUAGGACUCACUCCCUUAUUCCAUGACUGCUAAGCUUACUACAAAGGCUGUGGCUGGAAGCACCAUUUGUAGCAGGAUACAAAGAGGACCAAUGGUUUCUAUACUCCUCUCAUACAGACUAGUAAAUAGGUUAAAGAGGGGAAAGGAAGCACUGGGGGAAUGUCGCAAAGCAAGGGAAAAUGCGUGAGAGAGCUGGAACUAUACCACAAAUACCAAUUCCCCCAUCUGUUAGCCUAUUGGGUAUCUACUUAUUGUGAGAGCAAGCAACUUUUCCAGCUGUAGGGUUCCAUUUAUGGAGUUUGUUCCUUGCGAAGGCUCAUGUGGUGUCCACACUGUUAUUGUUUAGAUUCCAGGAGAAGUCUGCCCACCCAGAUCUUUUAAAUCUCUUUUAUCUCCUGACUUUUUAAAGUUUGAUGCUGUCAUUAAGCAUUGUAUUCUUCUUUGUCUUAUUACUGUAUUUUAUUACAUUCAGUAAACUGCCCCAAAUGCUUCAAACUGAAGGGCAGGAUAAAGUCCUGCAAAUAAAAAUAAAUAGGCCAGUAAUUUCAUUUUUUUAGGAAGAAAAUUAUAGCAAUAUUUGUGUUUUAAAUACAGGACUAAUUGACAUUGGGGAGACAUCACAGUGCCCAGAACUCUUGCCUCCUGAAGACAUUUUGGCACUAGAAAAUAAAGCCAUCCUCUCAGGCCUGGAGCAGAAAUACCUGACAGUUAUUUCAAACCCCAGAUGGUUGUUGGAACCUAUUCCUACACGAGGACGCAAAGAUGUCUGGCAGGUGGACAUCCCAGAUGAAUUGAUUCCUUCUUUGGACUACUCCUGAAGAUUUUUUUCUUUAUGGUCCCUUAACUCUACAUUUUCCAAGCUACUGAAGUGGAAUCAUUUUCUUCUACUGGCCUUAAUGUAGACCACUAUUAUAAAGUGAGCAAGUGCCUUAUACCUUGGUGUUAUCACUCUUGCAAAUGGAGAACAUUAAUGGAAUAGUUGGGGUCACCAGUAAAAGUAUGCUUUGAUGAAGCUUCUUAGAUGUGGAUUAUUGUGAAUUAUCCAUCUUAGGUCCAAGCUAUCUGAAACACCGUAUCCGCCCACACAAACCUGCCCAGAUGUUGAGAUCUUCAUGGGAGGCCUUUCUCUUUGUUCUGCCACCUUCACAGGCAUGCACAGGAGGGGAUGUGGUGGAGGGCCUUCUUGGUGGCUGCUCCCAGACUUUGGAACUCACUUCCUAGAGAAGCUAGACUGGCUCCCUCCUUGUUGUCCUUCUGCCAACAGAUGAAAGACAUUUUUGUUCCAACAGGCUUUGAGAAACUGACUGCUUUUAAUGAAAGGGCUGGUGCCAUGCCGUUUUUCUGUAAUUAUUGGCAUGUUUCAAACAGGUCUUAAAUACGUAUGUCGUUUUAAUUCUAUCAUUGUUUAAUUGUAGUUUAAUAAUUGAUUUUCCUGUUUUUAGUGGUUCUUGUUUUUAUCUGUAAACCACCUUAAGUUCCAUCGGGGGGGGGGGGAAGAGGAGUAUAAAUAAAUAUUAAUCAUCAUCAUUUACAUGCACAUUAUGGAAUAUUAAACACUUUUUCUUAAUUAAGUGAAAUAAACAGAUAAUCAGUUAAUCCCACUCCCUCCCCCAGAGCUUUCACUCUUAAUUCCUCUGCACCUAUUGGGUCUAUGGUCUCAUCACAAAUGGCUAAUCCAUGCCCUCCACCCCUUUUUUAGUAAACUCAUUUAAAUGCUCCAUUCAGAGUCUUCCUCACUACUUUGCAACUGCCCUUUCAGCUUCCUAUGCCCUUUGUGCUAUUUGUGGAUGUAAUGCUGUACACAGUACUAUGCUUCUAUAGAAAUGAAUCCUGUUACAGUGGUACCUCAGGUUACAUAUGCUUCAGGUUACAUACGCUUCAGGUUACAAACUCUGCUAACCCAGAAAUAGUACCUCAGGUUAAGAACUUUGAGAACAGAAAUUGCACAGCAGCAGCGCAGCAGCAGCUGGAGGCCCCAUUAGCUAAAGUGGUGCUUCAGGUUAAGAACAGUUUCACGUUAAGAACGGACCUCCGGAACGAAUUAAGUACUUAACCCGAGGUACCACUGUACUUAGAAAUGCUAUGGAUGUUUAUUAAACCUGCUAAGGAGGAUGUGGUCUACUUUUCUUUAGAUCAGGGGUGGGUAACUGAUAACACUCCAGUUGUUCGUGGGGUAGAGUUCCCAUCACAGCUGGCCAGCAGUCAUCCUGGCUGGUGCAGAUGGGAACUGGAGUCCAGCAACAUCUACAGUGCCAAAGGUUCACCAUCCUUAUGUUUAUUUAUGUUUUAUUAUGCUGCUCAGCCACACUCCCUUUCCCCAUAGGUCAGUGGUGGGCUCUGCUAUGUUGACCAAGACUAAGGAUGAGGACAGGAAAUGCCACCUCAAUGACCUUGGCACCAUAGGGAUGUAAAGGUAUUUCUGCUUCCCAUACCGGAGUUCAAUGUGAUGUUUUAUUCUAAGAAUGUUUGGCAGGUCACUUGGGCCUCUCAGAGGUAUAAAGUGAGAUUUUUUAGCAUUCUGAAUUUUCUUUGGGCCAUUGCAUUUUUAGUGUGCGCAUAUAAAAUCAUCUAUGUAAAAAGCAUUUAUGAGUUAUGACAGCUAGUUAAGAUUCACAUGGAUUGCACCAUUUUUAGAACUCCCCUACUAAUUGAAAUUGAAAUACUUUAUUGUCACUUGUACAACUUGUAUACUGUGAGAUUACACGAGCACCCCCCACUCAGCUCUCUUAAUUCCCCUCGUUUACUGACACUCACCCACAUUGUUUUCCUCUGCAAAAUGAGCUACGGGACUCUGCAGCUCCCAGCCCGGAGAACUACAUUUUGGCACCUGAGGCGAACCACAAAAUGGCGCCUUCCCUCCCCACCAGAAAAGAAAGGGUGAUUGAAGAUAGACAUCAGUAUCUGCUGCCCUGUGAAUCCUGCUGCCUAAGGCAGUCGCCUCACUUUGCUUCAUGGGUGGGCCAGCCCUGAAGUGAGCCCUGGCAAGCAAAGUAUUUCAAAAAGUGAAUAUAUCCAUUCUUUCCUUCUUUCUGAGUAAUUCUGGACAUCUUAAAAGCUUGUUACAUCUACAGGUAGAUGUUAAUAUUUAACAGUCCAACUGCUCUUUUAGAAUAUGACAAAUUAUUAUCUAUGCUUUAAUAUUACUAUGUAAUUUACUUGCUAUUAUUGUAAUUUUGAUAUAAUGUGGCAUCCAGUGUACCAGUACUUCUGAAAUACUCCACAAUAAAAACAGUAGCUACAUUUCAAUAC